AUCACCCCGGCCCUAAUAUUCGCGUCGCGCAAUUACUUAUCUCAGGUUUAGAUGGUACCGAGGACAGCGGCGGUAAUCCUGCUGAGUGACCCGGUCGUGCUCCUGCAUUGAUUUUUUAACGUACACAGAAGUUUUUUCAUUCACUUUCCGAGUAAUCGAAACUGUCGGCUCAGUUGCGCAUAAUAUAAUCCCGGCGAAAAAAUGCGGCGGUACGGAUUAAACGUGGCAUUUGGAACCGUAGGGUGUAUUUUCUUUGCCGUUCUUUGUCUGGCUGAUAUUUCCCCGAUCGAGGAAGCCCAGGAGGACGACUCCGUCGUAGUUGAAGCCGCCGAUAUAUCAAAAUCGCAGGAUCGCUUGGGUCGUAAUAUAGCCUGGCAGACUCCGGGAACCGCGGUGGACUUGAGAAAUGGUAGCCCUUGUCUCACGUCAAGAGGCGAAGUCGGCAGAUGCGCAACUUUCAGGGAAUGUUAUCCGUACUUCAAAGUUCCCGAUCUCAGCGCGUUCGAGGGAUGGAUCCUCGGAGUUUACGAUACGUGCAGCUACGUCGACGGCAACGGCCACAUGACCUUCGGUGUCUGCUGUUCGAAUCCACCGAUAAUUCCCGGAUUUCCAGGCGUUACGGAUCCCGGAAACAUACCCAUACCCGAAGAACCCCAGGGGGAGUUGGAGGACGUAGACAAGGAGCAUUCUCGCCCGCAAAGGCCCUCCUGGCCUCCUCCACUUCCGACACAUUCGCCGGACAACACAAUUCCACCGCUUCCGACGCAUCCUCCGUCCGUGGGAUAUCCACCGAUCACGCCUAAACCACCAUUUUCAACGACAAAGAAACCAUCGGGAACAACCUGGCCGACAAAGCAACCGGGCUGGUGGCCCACUACAUCGGCACCAGCCAAGCCACCUUCCACCCCGGCGCCUGUCACACAGAUCCCUCAAGGAGGUGGAGGUGCUGGAAGUCAUGCGGUUUGCGGGGCUAAAAACGGCCCUCAGGAUCAGAAACGCAUCGUUGGAGGACACAGUACGGAAGUGGGAGAAUGGCCAUGGAUGGCCGCACUUUUUAAUAAGGGCCAACAAUUCUGCGGUGGUUCGCUUAUAGACGAUACGCACAUUUUGACUGCCGCCCACUGCGUCGCUCAAAUGAGUUCAUGGGACGUUGCGGGACUUACGGUGCGGCUCGGUGAUUACAACAUAAGAACGAGCACCGAGGUCCGUCAUUUGGAAAGACGCGUUCGCCGCAUCGUGCGACACAGAGGAUUCGACACUCGAACCCUUUACAACGACGUAGCAAUAUUAACUCUCGACAAGCCAGUACCGUUUACGGAACAAAUAAGACCCGUCUGCUUGCCCACCGGAUCGCAAUUGUACACCGGAAAAACGGCGACGGUAAUCGGAUGGGGUUCACUGCGAGAAAGCGGACCUCAGCCGGCGGUUUUACAGGAAGUCUCGAUUCCCGUUUGGACCAAUUCCGAAUGCAGAUCGAAGUAUGGAGCAGCGGCACCCGGAGGAAUCAUUGAAAGUUUCUUAUGCGCGGGUCGCGCGGCAAUGGAUUCGUGUUCGGGUGAUAGCGGGGGACCGCUGAUGGUGAACGAUGGAAGGUGGACGCAAGUUGGAAUAGUUAGCUGGGGAAUCGGAUGUGGCAAGGGUCAAUAUCCGGGAGUCUACACCAGAGUGACGCACUUCCUCCCAUGGAUCAACAAAAAUCUCAAACAAUAGGAAGACGCGGAGAUCGUGGAUGUAAUAGAAAAUUAGUUCGUAGUUUGUCAUGAGGUACGGAGGCGACUAAUAUAUUUGAAAAUGACAACUCCGUACCAAGUAGAGACAGGCCACACGUGGCUCAGAGGCUUCCUUCUUCUCGAUGAAUAUAACAACUUUGCCUUAAUUGUAACAGUGGAAAGAAUAUAACAACCCUUUCAAGUCGUAACAAAAUACUUUAUAUCAUUAUCCAUACUCACGUACGAAAAUAGAAAAAAAUAAAAUUGUACAUCUCA